UUUUUUAAUAACUAACUUAGUGGUAAAUAAAUACAAAUUUUAUCUAAAAGGUCAUCACAAAAGCUUUAAACUAUAAAAAAAGUAGAAGAAUUCUCAUAUUGCUGUUUUCCAUUUCUAUUAUAUUUACGAUACAUCAUUCUAAUAUAACUUCUACAAUUUAAAAAGGUAAUCAAUCAUUCGGGAGUGAUGGGUGAAAGUAGGUAAAAAAAUAGAAUAAAACUUGAAAGUUAAAAUGCUACAACUGAUGAAAAGGAUAUAAAAUAAAAAGGUGCUUUUAAUAAUAGAGUUUUAUCACCCUAUUCAUAUAUAAAAUAUUACAAUAAACUAAUUGAAACGAUGGAACACUCUACAGAGAAUUCUUAAAAUGAAAAGACUAAGCCUUAAUAGACAAAAUAAACUUUUAACAAAAUUGUAUUCCCAGAUUAUUUGGAAAAAAAGCAUAGCAAAAAAGAAUAGCAAAGGAAUAAUUGGAAUGAUCACAAAGGUCUUACUAUUUAGGAAAAGUAAGAACUCUUAGAUGAAAUGCUCAUACAAAAGAGGACCGAAGAGCUACUUAAUAAAAUAGCUGAAAAUAAUAAGCAAUAAAACUAGUUUAUAUUCAGGACGCACAGUGUGAUUCCCAAGAUUAUUAAGAAUUCUGAUAUGAUAGAUUUUAUUGAUUAAACUUAAAAGAAAUAUUUUUCUGUUUCUCGCUAAAUUAUGAAUGAAAUUAACAAGCAUAAGAAAUAAAAAAGCCUCUAAUCACCUUAAAGCUGUCAUAGUCCCUUUUACUAGAGCAUUUAUGGUAAUUUAAGAAAAUCUGAAAUACUUGAAGAUAAUUAGGGUUUUUCAUAGGUAGUAAGUAAAUUAGAGGAUUCUCAAUAAAGAGAUUCCUUAAAUUAGAAAAAAAAGAUUCCUCAGAUAUAAAAAAUAAUGCUAGCAAACUAACUAGUUAGGCAGAAUUCCUAUGAUAAUAACUUUAAAUAAGUUUCAGGAAAUAACAGUUUUAUUAAAGUUAGUGAAGGUUACUAGGGCAGAUAAUCUUUGUAACUAGCGAAGAAUUCAAACAUAUCUAGACAAGAUUCGGUUAGCUCAAAUUAACAACUAAUGGUGAGAACAUAAUUGAGAAUAAAUGUUUCAUAAGAAGUAUCAGAAGAAUUAAAAAACUUGAAGUAAAUUGAUAUUUAGUAUCAAAAAUAGGAAGUUGAAGAAAAAUAUCAAAAGAAACUCGAUCACAUUUAGAAAAAUAAAAACCCUUAAUAUUUUAUGAGCAAAAGUGUUCUUGAUAGAAAAAAUAUUACUUUAAGAAAGAUUCUUUCAUCGAUCCCUUUCUAAAAACUUAGUCAAAUUUAUGAUAAGAAAAUAUAAAAUUUCAAGGAAACUUUAAUAGAAUAAAAAAUGAAGAUGCAAAAACUGAAAACACCUUUAAAAAAAUAAAUCAAGCCUACAUUCUACCAUCACAUAUCUAAAAACCCACUACUUGUCUCCCUUUUAACAGCAAAAUACUAACAGAAUAAUAGUUAAGAAAACAAUAUUACUGAUAAUACUUAAGAGAAAAAAACUGAAGACAGUAUUAUCGAGAACUAAUUUUAGUUUAUGGAUAUAGAAGACACAAAAAAAGAAGCUUAAAAUUCAUGUAAAUCUUUGUUGAUUAGUAAAAACUAAUAUGAACAUAGCCCUUAGUCUAGAUAGAAUCUUAGUACACAACCUGCAGAAUGUGUUUCAAAAGUGAAAUAAUCUAGUCUGACUGAUUCAAAUUAAAAUAAAUUUCAUAAAAUAGAUGGAAAAACAGUUUUUACAAAAUAAAAUAUUUAGAAUACUCAAAGCUCGAGAAGUAUCAAAUCAAAUAGCAAAAAAUUAGAACUAAUGACUUUUCAUUCUCAGAGAGGAACUAAAAGUUAAAACUAUUUUAUGGGAAUAUAAAGAAAUAGUAGUAUAGAAAGUGAUAAACUAAAUUAAGAUAAAGAAUUAAACAAUUUUGGAUAAUCCAAAACAACAAUUAAGCAAAGCAGAGAAAAUCAACAAAAAAAUGCCAACACCAAAAAAUCGUAAAGCAACUUGCAAGAAAGCUCUCAAAAAGAAUUAAGAAUUAAAAAUAAAAACGAAGUAGACACAACAAUUCUAGAAAAAAAAUAAAGAAGAUAUACUGAUUUAUCUAAUUCAGCGGUAGUAAAAUCUGGAGGUUUUUCUACAUUUUACUCUUCUAAGUUCUUCUUUCAGGAUGGUUAGAAAUAAUUUAAUGUCAAGGAUAAGCUUUAAUAUGCUUUUGAUGAGUAUUUGGAUAACGAUGAAAUUUUGAGUUCUCCUAGAUUAAGAUAAGCUACUUACUCCUCCAAUAACUCCAAUCCUCCUUCACUUAAAAGAAAAGUUACUAUUUCAGAUCAAGGUUCAAACACUUUUCGAUAACAAACACAUAAUCAAUCUAAAAAAUUAUCUAUAUUUGACAGUAAUAAUUAUUUCAACUAGAGAUAUUUUCCAACAGCAGGAUCUACAUUAAAACUAAGUCAAUCAGCCCAUGAUUUAAAUAUUAAAUUUGAAAAAAUCCUUGAACAAUAAAUUUAGGGUAUUGGCAUUCUAAAAAACCAAAAUUAGAGUUCUUAAAAUGCCUGA